AUGGUGUCAAAGGACUCCCGCUACGUGCACCGGCGGUGGUGUCUGGCCGACGCGACGCUGACGAUCCACCACCCAAAACUAAAGCUCCUCGUUGACUUCGACGACCCGGCUGGGUUCACGCUCCCGGCGAAUGCGCCGCUCAGGUCUGGGGCGCGACGUGCUGCUGCUGCAACAGCCGGCGGUGCCCCGGGCGCGUUUGGUCUCAGCCCAGAGGAAGACCUCCUGGCGGACUGGCGCGAGAUUGGCGUGCCGCCGCUCACGGAGGAGUGA